AUGGGCCAGGAGCGGCGCACACACUCUAGGAUGAAAGACGAGAGCAGAGUCAAUGCGAAUUGCUGCACCCGGAGGACGGGAGCACUGGUCAUUGACAUGGGAUCGGGCGUUUGUAAAGUGGGCUACGCCGGGCAACCGAGACCCGACUCGGUUCUCGGAUCAAUAGUGGGCUACCCGAGAGGGAGGAGUAAGCGGAACAGCAUCACGGUGGGCAGAACGGUCUCGACCGAGCCUGACCUUAAACUGAUCCGGCCAACUCGGCAAGGAAUCAUCGUCGACUGGACCGCGGCGGAAGAUCUCCUCCGCCACGUGUUCUAUGAGGAUCUGAAGGUGUCUCCGGAGGAACACGCCAUCCUGAUCUCAGACCCUCCCCUCAGCCCCACCACCAACAGGGAGAAGAUCGCCGAGCUGUUGUUCGAGCGCUUCAAUGUCCCCGCCAUGCACGUCUCUUACCAGUCGGUGCUGGCCGUCUAUUCUUACGGUAAAACCAGCGGGCUGGUGGUCGAUUCUGGGGACGGCGUGACCCACUCCGUCCCCGUCCAUGAGGGCUACAACAUGCCCGAUGCCAUCAGUCGCAUCGACCUGGGGGGGCACGACCUCACCACUUACCUGAUCAAGCUGCUGAGUGAGGCUGGCAACGCGUUUCAUGAGAAAGGCAGGUACAUUGUGGAAGACAUCAAGCAGAAAUGCUGCUAUGUGGCUGUGGAUUAUAGAAACGAGGGAACCCACCCUGUGGACUAUGAGCUCCCAGACGGGCAUCUCAUUACCAUUGGCAAGGAACGAUGUAAGUGUCCAGAAGCUCUCUUCAAGCCAUCGGUCAUGGGGUCAAACCAAGAAGGUAUCCACAUCAUGACCAGCAAUAGUUUGAAACGGGUCGAGCCCCAGAUCAGAAAGGUAAUGUACGAUAAUGUUCUGCUGAGUGGAGGCACCACAUUAUUCGAUGGCUUUAAUGUUCGUUUCUGCAAAGAGAUUUUUCCUCUGGCCUUCCAUGACAUUAAACCCAAAAUCCACGCUGUCCCAGAGAGGAAGUAUGCUGUCUGGAUUGGUGGCUCUAUACUGGCCUCAUUACACUCCUUCCAGUCUUUAUGGAUUCGCCAAAAGGAUUAUGAAGUAGAUGGCCCGUUAAUAGUGCACCGGAGAUGCUACUGA